AUGUCUUCGGUAAAACCUAGAACGACUCUCUUGAGAGCACCGGUCCUUCCGGAACAAACCACGCCCGAACAGCGCUACUGGAGAGCUUAUGGGACCACUCAGCUCGUGAGAGAGCAUAACAGUGUCACUAGCGUGGCUUUCAACCCUCAGCAACCCAACGAUUUUGCUGUCGCAGCAUCUACCAGGGUCCAGCUGUUUUCUUCCCGCACCAGACAAGUAAUCAAGACAUUUUCGCGGUUUAAAGAUGUGGUGUAUGCCGCCAAUUUUCGUCCUGACGGAAAGCUUCUAGCCAUGGGAGAUGCCACAGGUCUGGUAUCGGUGUACGAUUCCUACAACCCACGUACUCAGCUGGUAUCUAUUCCAGCAUCGUCCCAUCCUACUCAUGUCGCCAAAUUCCAUCUAACAGACCCACAAACGCUAGUAACCGCUAGUGAUGAUCGUGUAGUGCGGGUUUGGGACAUUUCACAAGCUCAACAGCCCGUCACGGAGCUUACAGGAGCUUCAGACUAUGUUCGUACCAUCUGCAUGGUUCCACAGGCGCCCCAUCUUGUGGUUACCGGCUCCUACGACGGUCACGUCCGUCUCUAUGAUACAAGAGCUAGUGCCACUUCCAAACCAACCACCUUGGCUCAGGGCUUGCCUGUGGAGGAUGUCAUUGCCGUUUCACCCACGCAGCUAGUUUCCUGCGGUGGACCUGGUUUCAAAGUAUGGGAUUUGACUGCCCAAAGACAGCUUUUGGAAAGAGCAAAUUUCGCCAAAACCACUACUAGCUUAGAUUACGUGGAUCUCGCCGGGGAUUCUCCAAUGAGUUCGACUUUGGUUGCAUCUUCUUUGGAUGGCCAUGUCAAGAUCUUCGAUCCACUAGAUGGCUAUAAAGUGAAGUUUGGCUGGAAGUUUUCCGCUCCCGUGCUGAGCUGUGCCGUGUCUCCAGGUGAUGCUCAGGGCAAUAGACAUCUAGUCGCUGGUCUUUCCUCCGGACUUCUUGCUAUAAGGACCAAGAAGAAAGCAGCGGCUGCCAAGGUUCAAAUUGAGAAAGUCGCAAAGAGUAACAAUUUUCAAAGAAUGAUGAGGGGGUCUGAGUAUGCUGGUGACCAAGAACACAUAAUUCACAAUGACAAGGCUCGUUCGCAGCGUAAACUGAGGGCUUUUGAGCGUCAUUUAAAUCAAUUUAAGUGGUAUGAGGCUUUGGAUGCUGCGUUUCUUUCAGGUAUGGCCAAAGAACUGACACUCACGGCACUAAGCGAACUCCGUAAAAGAGGAAAAAUUAGAGUAGCGUUACUUGGAAGAGACGAAUCUUCCUUAGAGCCGCUACUGAACUGGUGUACUCGCGGUGUUGAAGAUUUUAGAAGUGCAUCCAUAGUCGCCGACUGGAUCGCUGUGGUACUAGAAAUGUACGGCGAUCUCAUUGCCAGAUCUUCUUUACUUGAGGAAAUGAUUGUUCUCUUGAGGCUUAAGGUCAAGCAGGAAGUGCAUAGAGCUGAGGAGGCUCAAAAGAUAGAAGGGAUGUUGCAGCUUCUCAUCAGUUGA